AUGAGAGUGCGUGAUAAAAACGGAGACGUUGGAACUUUUGUUGUCCUUGAUGGUGAAGGCACCAAAAUUGCUGGAAGAAGCGUUCGUGAUGUUUUAAAUGAAUACAUGGAGGCUGUAGGAAAAGAUUCAUAUGAAGGAAUAAACACCAAAUGGAACACGAGCAGACACUGUACUUGCUGCUAUAAUGUAGGAAACGGAAACGCUCCAACAUGUGAAACAGAUGAUGGUGAAGUCGUCGAAAUGGACACUUCUUUCUUUUUGAAGCAUAACGGAAAUCGUCUCCAACAAGUCACAAAGGGAGCAUAUGUGCAAUUCAGUGUCUCCCAACCCAACUUCCAAUACUUGACCGAACGAGGAAUUCUUACACCACACAAUGAAUAUGUUGAUGAGAUAAAUGCAUACAUGUUAUCUCAGGUAGGAGGGGAUUCAAAAGAAUAUUUAAGCUCAUAUAGCAUUGGAAAAGCGGAUACGAUCGGAGCAGAUUAUGAAGCCCUCUACCAUGUCAAGUAUUUAAACUCUUUAGAGUUUCCUAGUUUGCCGAAACACAAAAUAAGCCUAAAAAAAGGAGUUCCAAUUAUGCAGAUGCGAAACUUUAACCAAAAGGAAGGUUUGUGUAACGGUACAAGACUGAUUGUCACUAAUUUGGGUGAACAAGUGAUAGAAGCCCAAAUAGUAACAGGCACGCAUGCUGGUAAAAUGGUUUCUAUACCAAGAUUUAUCUUAUCCCCACCACAAUCAGAGCAUCCUUUUACACUUCGAAGACAACAAUUUCCAAUGAGAGUUUGCUACGCCAUGACCAUCAUAAAAAAUCAAGGUCAAAGCUUAAAAUCUGAUGUUCUGUAUCUACCAAAUCCAGUUUUCAGUCAUGUACAACUCUACGUAGCUCUUUCUAGAGUUACAUCACCUAUUGGCCUAACAAUUCUACAUGGAGAUGACCAAAAAAAUGAUGAAGUUAAAAAUAUUGUCUACAAGGAAUUCUACAAUGACCUCCCAAAAGAAACUGACCCUUCGUAG